AUGAGUGGUCAAAAGAAGAAUCUCCCGCAUGGUAUUGUUCGGCAUGACUCGGUGCCGCUCAACAAAAAUGAAUACUUUUCUCUGUGGAAAAACUGGAAUCAGCUGCUGGACGGCAAGAGAACAUACCUCCGACCACCGAGGGGCCGCCGUGUUCUCAGUGUCAGUGGUGUUUUCCGGCGGCCCUUAGCUCGUCCAUGGGCAUUAGAAUUCCAGGAACCACUCUUGGAUUUGGUUGAGGAUUAUCCAGAUAAUGACACUGUCCAGGAAAUGAUCAAGAUUCUUUGUCAGCGCUAUGUGCAUUUCAAACGAACUCGUGGAGAUGGCAGCUGUUUCUACAGAGCUUUCUUUUUCUCCUACUUGGAAAAUCUUGGACAAAUACAAGAUAGUCAAGCUGAAGUUACUCGUCUAAUGGAACAUGUGGCAGUGUCCAGAGAGAAUUUCUGUCGUCUGAAAUGGGACAAAGCAUACUUCUUAAAUCCUGAAGAAUACUUUUCAAGUGUUGCUUCUGAGUUGAAUCAUUUGGUCAAUUCUGUUGCAAAUGGUCUUAGUUCUGACGAGUUGCAGAAGAGAAGUCUACAGGAGAUGAUGCCACUCAGGGUUAUUUCCUUCCUAAGAUUGCUGGCAGAGACUGAGAUCCGUACGCGAAUAGAUGAUUACAACCCAUUUAUCCCCGGAAAGAUGAAUGUCAAUCAGUAUUGCUGGAAAGAGGUGCGUCCCCUGGACGUUAAAGCAUCGGCGCUAGCAAUGAGGGCUCUAACGUAUGCACUUGGCAUCGCGCUGCGACUCGAAACUCUAGGCGAAGGCUUGACGGCUGGAGGUUUGCAAGUAAAGCGCCUUGAUUUCUUCCCUCGAUCAGAAUCAGGGAAGGGUGCUUUCCAUAUAGUUCGGAGCUAUUGGUCGUCAACCACAACCCCUGAACCACUGGAGAUUGGAAGUGGCAACCUGAUAUCAUCUGAUGGCACACCUUUGCUGACCUUGCUGUGUAGGCCUGACAACUGCGAUAUUUUGUAUCGCAAGUAA